AUGGUCAAACCGACAUCAAUGGCCGUAGAUGCCCUUCCGAGGUUUCUGCUUCCUAGACUCAGCUGGACUGGUCCUGCGACAGCAUCCCAAGCCCUGCGGCCUGCUUCGGCACUCCCUCCGAGCUCGCGCCGUCGGAUGCAUACCCGAACCAGCGCUUUCCAAGAGUCGAAUUUACCACCGAGAUGCCGCAGCAAUGGCUUCAACACCAAGGGUAGCUCGAUACUGGCGAGCCCGGGCCUCACUAGGUCCUUUCAUGCGACUCCUUCACGGCAACGAGAUCACCACUUUGAUACCUUGAAGUUCGUCCAGCGGAUGAAGAGCGAGGGCUUCACGGAGGUGCAAGCCGAGGCCACGAUGAAGGUCCUGAACGAUGUAAUACAAGAAAGCAUACAGAACCUCACCCGAACCAUGGUCCUCCGCGAAGACGCCGCCAAGGCAACCUACACGCAAAAGGUCGACUUUGCCAAACUGCGCUCCGAACUCCUUUCCGCCGAUAGCACCGAGUCGAGCACGACGCGCGCGUCCCACGAGAAGCUCGGCAACGACAUUGCGAAGCUGAGCUCCCGGCUGCGCGACGAGAUCGGUCGGACCCAGGCCAGCGUCCGCCUGGACCUGAACUUGGAGAAGGGUCGCAUCCGCGAGGAGGCUGUCGGCCAGGAGCUCAAGAUCAAGGAGACGGAGACAAAGAUUGAGCAGGAGGUGGCGGCGCUGCGCGAGAAGCUUGAGCAGGUCAAGUUCCAGACGCUGCAGUGGCUGAUGGGAGUGUGUACUGGCUUCGCCGCUCUGCUUCUUGGUGCCUGGAGGUUGCUCAUGUAG